AUCAUCCUCGUAUCGACGUUUUAAUUUGUAUACUUAUCAAAAAUAAAUCUACCUCCAAGCACAGCUGAGAUAGAUAACAAUACAACAACAUCCAACAAUAAUUACUGCAGCUUUGUGUCCGUAUAAUAUUUUGUUAGUAUUGUUAACAGGUAUCUUGCCUCUCGGUAAUGACUAAAGUAACUUGUAGUGAGCAACGGGCAAUUUUAAUUUCAGUAAUGAUUAUUAACUAUAAGUUUACAUCGUGUGAAUAGAUUUCUUAGGAUACUGACUUUUAAACCUUUUCUUUGAUAGCUUCUUCUAACGCACUAUUCAAGAGUGUAUGCGCAGCUUAGAUGUGUGUGAAUAUAAAAAUCCAAUUAGUUUAAAUCAUAAUGGAUUUAAAAGAAAACACAAAUACUAAUUGGUGUCAAAAUGAUUUUGACAACGAUGAUAUCAAUCAACCGGGUCCUUCAGAAUCGAAACCAAACACAGAUCAUUUUCUGAUUGAUGGUAUUAAGUUUAAGAAUUUUAUUAAAGACACAUUUUCUGAUGAUAAUAUUGUGUUAACUGAUUCGAAUGGUCGACCAUAUGACACACUUACUAACAGUGGCAUGCAUACAAUGAGAGUAUUGGAUAAUCAAGCAAGCACUUUUGAAAUUACAAAAAAUUCCCCCUCUGUUAUAUUACCUGAAUAUAAUGACAUGGCAGAUGUUGAAAACAUGGUAUCUAUUCCCGAACAAUAUUUUCAAAGUGACUUGUAUCAUUUAAAAUCGGAUCACAUUCCUCAAGUAUCUAACACCCAUUCUGUUAUGGAAAAUUUAACUGAUGAUAAUUCAUUAGUACAAAUUGAUUCCAUGUGUAUGAUUCAAAAACAAAAUGAUGCAUUCACUGGUGAUCUGGAAAACAACCAAGAAAUGAUUUUAAAUGCUGAUAAUAAUCGAUUUUUGUUUUCCGAAAACGGAAACAACUUUAUCGAGGUUACUUUAAAAGACGGACAAGUUAUAAACAAUGAUGAAAAUGGAUUUUAUGUGUUACCGCGAAUUACAUCAGUUCAAGGUAAUCUUGGUAAUAUUGGCCCAAAAAUUGUAACAAUUGAUGAUUUGACCCUAUUGACAUCGCCAAAAACACAUCAUAACGUUGAAUUAUUGGUAAAUCAUGAAGAGCUCGUCGAUGAUAUAGACACCUGUGAUAUUGCUGUGGUCGAUGAAUCUCAAAUACCACUUAACAAUAGUCAGGAAAAAGAUAGAAUGGACGAAGAGCCACAAGUUAUUUCUAUAGACAUUCACCACCAAAAUAGUUCAGGAUUUCAAAGAAUGUCUAAAGAAGCUAUCGAAAAAAUAGCAGAAGAGUUUGUAAGACAACCACAAUGUAUUGAUGAAGAUAUAUGUAUCAAUUUUGUCAGUCAAAUAAAACCUCGGGUUUCUACAACAUCGGAAUAUUGGUGCGAUGAAUGUAAUAAAGUAUAUCUGAACGAAAUGAAGUGUCCAUUGCAUUUAGUGAACAGUAUAAUCGAUCCAGCCGUACAAACUAGGGCUAGAGCAUCAUUACCAGCAUCUCAUUUAAGAAUAACGAAAGUGAAAACUGAGGAAGAUGUAAACGUAUUUGGAGUAUUUGCUCGUAAGGCCAUUCUAAAGCGAACACAGUUUGGGCCGUUGGAGGGAGUAAUUAUCAAGGAAGAGGAGUGUAUCGAUGAUUCAAUGAAUGAAGAAUUCAAGUAUUUAGUGGAAGUUGGAGAGAACCAAUUUCGACGAAUUGAUGUGUCGAGUGAAGAUAAUUCUAAUUGGAUGCACUUUGUAAGACCAGCAAAAACAAAGCAAGAGCAAAACAUGAGAGUGGAUCAAAUUGGCGAUUAUCUCUAUUUCACCACCACCAGGACGAUUUAUCAACGAGAAGAAUUACUCGUUGGGUACAGCACGUUCUAUGCACACAAACGGGGUCUGCCCCUGUUGUCAUCAGUUAACGACCAAGCUUUAUCUCCGGUUGCCCGAAAACCAGUUAGAUCUCCGAAGACGUUUCAAGGGUUAAGCAAACAAACGAGUGUCGGAAAACACAGUAUCACGCCUAGAGGAAGCGUAGGCAAACAUUUUGCUUGCAAGCACACGGCAAGAAAACGACUGGUGACUAACCGCGCUGACAAAAAUAUCCAAUGUAAUAUGUGUGUCGGAGCCCAAAAUAAUCCUAGACCUUCUUUGGCUUUCAAACGGAAAACAAAUUUAAUCAAAUUGAAUAACGGUGUAAAAAACGUUUGGAUGUGCGUGUCGUGCGAUUUGAAGUUCAUAAAACGGGAAACAAUAAGGAUACAUGAUAUUAUCCAUGAGGUCGAUUUUGAUAGCGAAGAAGUAACGCUUGUAGAUACCAAAUGCCCCGAAUGCCACUCUGAUUUCGGUCAUGCCGAAGAACUGGCCAAACAUGUCGGUGCUCACGGUUUCCUCGGUAACGUGGGCGGAGCAGCCGUUUAUUAUAAUUGCCAAAUGUGUGACAGACGAUACAGGAACGUGAACCACUUAAAGACACAUCAAGCUAAACACAAGGCGGACGAAUUCAAGGAGUUCAAAUGUACUGUAUGUGACAAGCGGUUUUUGAACUCUAUCGCUUUAACUAUUCAUGUUCGGAAACAUUACGAGGGAGUCAUAUACGACUGUCCGAUUUGUCAGUUGACUUUCAAUGAUUUGAAGCUGCUGAAAGAACACGUCCACACCCACGCGGUCAACAAUAUGUUCUACUGUCAAUUGUGUCCACGACAAUUCAAAACGUAUAAAAUGAUAAGGAAACACAUACGAGCCAUGCACAAUCCCGCCAAGUUCGUAUGCGAUUGUUGCAACCGAAUUUUCAACAGCCGUUUUAGUCUUUCUAUGCACAUGCGAAGUCAUUCGGAUCAAAGAGACUUUUUGUGCACCAUGUGUGGCAAGCAGUUUAAGAGGAAAGAUAAACUCAAAGUACACAUGAAUAGAAUACAUUACGGGAAGAAAAAGAAAUCGAAAACCGCUGAAAAAAUAGAAGCCAGAGCCCUGCGAAAAGAAAGACAACUAUCCAAAAUUAAAUCACCAAAAGCGAUGUUAGACUAUGAGAAUUCGACGUACCGGUGCGAUAAGUGUGUGGUGGGAUUCAAAAAGAGAGGCGUGUUCGUUAAUCAUUUGGUGUCGAGACAUCCAGAAAUUAGUCUCGAUUCGGUUCCUUCGCUCAAUCAGCCGGUGGUAGUUACAACGAAAAUAUACGCGUGCUUGUACUGUGACAAGGUGUACAAAACCAACGCCAAACGGAAAUCGCAUAUUAUUAAAAAUCAUCCGAACUGUGAUCUGCCGCAGAAGCCUACCGAUAAAACCGUCAUUAUCGAUAGCGACCCGUCCAGUAAGGACGUCGCCAAAUCCCAGGUGCACAGUUGCCAGUGGUGUUACAAACAGUAUGUGCUGAAAGACAAGCUCAUGAAACACCAGCGGGCUAAUCACUUUCACCUGUUGCCCCCGUUUCUGCAAGUGCCGAAAAAUACAAAAAAACCUGGUAACAAAACGAAAAAGACGGAUCAACUCUCGGCUACGCCGACAACACAAACUACACGACAAACCCAAACAAUUAGUCUUCAGUUUACAGAAGCCGACGGUUUCGAGUUGGCGGCAGAUAAUAUAGAGCUUGACAACCCCAUGGAACCUGGCAACAUAAUAGCGAUCAAGCAUUCAGUCAAAGACGUGACGGCGGCGGAAUUCAUGUCACACCACGACAUGGGCGAUUUGGACAUGACCGAGUCAAAGGACGGUCUCAACGACGAACAGCAGAUCUACUAUCGCAUUUUGGAAACUCAAGGAGACGUCGCCUUCGUACAAGCCAUCGAUCCGCCACAACCUACCCUGACCUCUCUGAUAACGUUGGACGGGCAGACCAUCCAGCAAGUACUGUACUCGUGCGGUACUUCCACAGACGAUGACGUGGUGUCUCCGGUAUCGCCGCAACCUUCGACGUCUGCCAAUUCCGUCUGAUCGUUUCCGGUUUUAAGUCUUACCCAAAAUAUUCACCGCCAAACUUUGUCGAUCUCCUCUCUCUCUCUCUUGAUCUCGGUUCGGUCCUAUUUUUUUUUUUUUUUACCCGACCGGACUUACAACCUGUCCAAAGUCAACCAAUGCGUUUCUUUCGGUUUGCUUUCCACACGUGACGCUAAAAAGAAUUCCGACCCCCGCGUUGUAACAUUACAUUCCUUUUGAUCUAGUUUAAAAAAUUUACAAUCUAUGUUAAUUCUUAUUAUUUAUCGUUAUGGGUGAUCGCACACAAGUCUCCCGUGUCUCGUGUACAUAACGUUUAAGUGUUUCCUACUAGGUGCACCAUUCUUCGUUGAUUUUGUGUAUAUUAUUUUAUGUUAUUGUCGUAUUGCGACGGUGUUAUACCGCGCAGUUUAGUGAUUACCAUAAUGUUGACUCGUUAAGAUGGUUUACUCGGUGAAUUAAUAUUCGCAAAAUUAUUUACAUUUACGAAAAUAGCUAACAGUCACUAUUAGCUUAAGUCGUUUGCCCCUGUUGGUGUAGCUGUAAUUCGAUUUGUCACCAUUGAGUCUGACAAACUAAGAAAUUGGAGUAACUUAAAUGUGGUUCUCCUGUGACUAAAAGUGGUAAAGUAUUUGGAGUCACGUUACCUUUUUUCAUUAUGUACAAUUUUAAAAAAUCAGCGGAUAUUUGUUUUUAUCAUUAUAUAAGCGAUUAAGUGAUUGGACUAGUCGGUUGUGAUUUUUGUUCGAGCGCGCUUAUAAUACUUAACCUUUAAUUCUGUCGCCGGGCAAAAUUUGGUAUUCAUUAUUAUAUAACCGUCGAGAUUAGUCGUGAUGAAAAAUUAAAAUAAUAAAGAAAAAUACUUACGUGGUCUUAUAGACCGAAUGUAGACCUUGUUUGGGCCUAAGUUCGGGGGCAGAAUUUUUAGUUUGCAACAUUUAGAGUUCUGCCAUGCUGACAUCUCAGUAAUUAUAACUUUGAUUUCUAAAACUCUCAUAUAUAUAUAUAUAUAUAUCACUAUCACAACUUUUUGACGCUUAUGACCUUUUGACCUGUCGCCAAAUAAAAUAUAUAAUUGCACGAAACAUCUUAGCCUUCAUAUUUUAUUAAAUAAAACACGUUAGUAUUAUAGUUUGUUAACUACACAGUUAUUU